CUCUACUUCUCUCUUCAUGAAUAUGUUUAUAAAAUGUCAACUGGUUAAAACAUAGUGAGUCUCUUAUCUCUGAGAUUUGAAAAUAUUGAAAGAAUGAGUGGACAAGGAAAGGUGGUGUGUGUGACUGGAGCUUCAGGCUACAUAGCUUCAUGGCUGGUUAACCUCUUACUACAACAUGGUUACACUGUCAAAGCUUCUGUUCGUGACCCAUAUGAUCCAAGGAAAACAGAACACUUACUAGCACUAGAUGGAGCAAAGGAAAGGCUUCAUUUGUUCAAAUCAAAUUUAAUGGACGAAGGUUCUUUUGAUUCUGCUAUCAGUGGAUGUGAUGGGGUUUUUCAUACAGCUUCUCCUGUGAUUCAUUCAGCCACUGAUCCACAGGCAGAAAUAAUAGAGCCAGCAGUGAAAGGAACACUGAAUGUUCUGAGAUCAUGUGUUAAAGUUUCAUCUGUAAAGAAAGUGAUUAUAACAUCUUCUAUGUCUUCAGUUUUAGUCAAUGGCAAACCUCGAACCCCUGAUGUAGUAGUUGAUGAGACAUGGUUUUCUGAUCCUGUUUUUUGUGAAAAUUUGAAGAUGUGGUAUGCAGCUUCAAAAACCAGAGCUGAGAAAGUUGCUUGGGAAUUUGCAAAAGACAAUGGAAUUGAUUUAAUCACCAUUCAUCCAGGAGUAACACUUGGCCCUCUCUUACAACCUACCAUGAAUUAUAGUGUUAAUCUCAUCAUGAAUCUCACAAAUGCUGAGACAUUUCCCAAUAAAGUUUAUUUAUAUCAUGAUGUUAGAGAUGUAGCAAGUGCACAUAUUCAAGCAUAUGAAGCUGGAUCAGUCGGUAGAAGAUAUUUCCUAAGUGGAUAUAUUGCACACAUUUCUGAGCUUUUAAAGAUUUUACAACAGCUCUACCCUACUAUCACCAUUCCUCAAAGAUGCGAAAUCGAUGAGCCUCUCAUGCAAACUUACCAAGUAUCAAAUUUGAUAGAGAAAAGUUUAGGAAUUUUACACUCCAUACCAUUGGAAAGAGAGAUGAGUGAAGUAGGAAAAGUGGUGUGUGUAACAGGAGCCUCAGGUUACAUAGCUUCAUGGCUAGUGAAGCUCUUACUACAAAGUGGAUACACUGUCAAAGCCACUAUCAGUAAUCUAAGUGAUUCAAAGAAAACAGACCAUUUGGUUGCACUAGAUGGAGCUAAAGAAAGACUUCAUUUAUUCAAAGCAAAUUUAUUAGAAGAAGGCUCUUUUGAUUCUGCCAUCAUAGGAUGUGAUGGUGUUUUUCAUACAGCCUCUCCUGCAUUUCUUUCAGCCACUGAUCCUCAAGCAGAAAUAAUAAAGCCAGCAGUGAAUGGGACACUGAAUGUUCUGAGGUCAUGUGCAAGAGCUCCAUCUGUAAAGAGAGUGGUUAUAACAUCUUCCUUUGCUUCAGUUUUACUAAAUGGAAGAGAACUUACCUCUGAUGUGGUUGUUGAUGAGACAUGGUUUUCUGAUCCUAUUCUUUGUCAGAAUUUGAAGCUUUAUUAUCCACUUUCGAAAACUCUAGCAGAAGAGGCUGCAUGGAAAUUUGCGAAAGAAAACCAGAUUGAUUUGGUCACUCUUCAUCCAGCAUUAGCAAUUGGUCCUCUCUUGUCACCAAUUGUUAAUAGUAGUGUGGAGUUGAUUAUGAAUCUUGUUAAUAACGGAGCUCAAACUUUUCCAUGUAGUGUUUGUGGAUUUGUUGAUGUUAGAGAUGUUGCAAAUGCACACAUUCAAGCAUUUGAAGUUGCUUCAGCUAGUGGAAGAUACUCUCUAGUUGGAUGUGUUGCACACAUUUAUGAUAUUUUUAAGAUAUUGAAAGAUCUCUACCCUGCUUUCAGUGUUCCUGAAAAAAGUGAAGAUGAGGCUCAACCUGUAAUGUCAAAGUAUCAAGUAUCAGAAUUGAAAGCAAAGAGUGUAGGAGUCAAUUUCAUCCCAUUGGAAGUGAGCUUGAGAGACACUGUAGAAAGCCUCAAGGAAAAGGGGUUCUUCAAUAUCUAAUAUCUCAUUAACAAGCCUAUAUAUUUUAUUAGUUUGAUUGUCGACUUGUAAUUAAUAAUAAUAACAUUUAUACAUAGUUAGGCUAAGCAUUUUGACUCUACAUUUUUACUGGUUCUAAGCCUAAUUAAUGUAUACAUAAUAAUUACAUAUGUCAAAACGUUUCAUCAUCAUAUUAUUAAUAGAACUAUUUGUUUACAA